GCCCGCGCGGUGUGGUUGAUUUCGUGAUUAGUUCCAAUACUGUUCGGUACGGUACGGUACGGUAGGUUGGACUUUUGAUUCCUCGUGUGUUCUUUAUUAGAUUGUUCUCCGGUAGCAAUUCCAACGGGACCGGGCCGGCCGUUUUGUGCGGAUUCAUUCACACCCAAAACCUAACCAGGUCGGAAUUAAUCAAUUAUCAUCGUGCGAGGAUUGUUGUGGGGAUAAUAACAUUCGUAGGCGCGACCUCAGUGGUUCAGGCUACAACGACUAAUUGAAGGCGAGGAACAAAAAAGUUCUAUUUGAAUAAUUUAUGGUCAAAAUAAAUUGCAUAAAAUAAGACGACGACAGAUUAAGGAGUGUGUCGCAAUUCAACGCUCGUGAAAGUGAAUUUUCAGUUUGUUAGUGAGUGAAAUUUGUGAGUGAAAUUCACCGUAGAACGAGUAAGAACGAGAAAAAGCAAAGCAUAAAAACAGACAACAACAUGUGUCAAGAUCGAGUAAUUAAGCUGCUGAUAUUCAGCUUUAUCGCCGGACUGAUGCUGCAGGAAUCGUCUCCCCAGCCCGCCGGUAGCAGUUUAUCGAAGGAGCGAAGAGGUGGUGGCGGCGGUGUAUCCCCAGAUGAGGAUGACUACAAUUACGAUGACGAAGAUGAGCCAUCAAAGGAAAAUCCUGACAACGAGAUCGGCAAUCCGGGACCAUCGUCGGCGAGUCAGUUGCUGACGAAGAAUCAAACCAUCGAAACGGAGCUGGACGACAUGGUUACGUUGCCCUGUCGGGUGCAGAAUCCGGAGGAAAACACCAUUGUGAUGUGGUAUAACACCUCCCACCUGCUGUACGUGAGAACCAAUAACCACACCAAUGAUCCUCGACUAUCCCUUGGUAAGGAUUCUUCGUUGACAAUUCGCAACGUGCACGCCAGUGACGAUUCGAUCUACAAGUGCACUGUACUGCCGAUUCAGAAGUCCGCCUACAUUACCCUGAAAGUUAGAGGCCCACCACACAACGUCCGGAUAACGCACGGAAACUCCGACUACACCGACCGGGAGUUGGAGAUUCAACAGCGCGAUCGCAAGUUCAUCAUUCACUGUCGUGCCUUGGGUUAUCCGACGCCAUCGAUCACGUGGUCUUUUCGGGGAAAACACCUGGACGAUAGCUACGCCAAACAUACUGGAAUCAUGAUUCGCAAAGAAUUCCUCGAAAUUCACGAUGUUAAGGCCCAUCACGCGGGAGAGUAUGAGUGUCUAGCCCAAAACGGUAUCGGAGAGCCAGUGAGUGCGGUCGUCAAUGUGCAGAUCAAAUCCAACGCCACAAAGCCCGGAUCAGGUGAAGAUGGUGGCACUACAGUGUUUCCGGAAGACAAAGAAGCAAGCCCAUCGAUAGUGAAGCACGUCGAUUACCUGAAUACGGCCAUCGGGGAGAACGCGGAACUGGUCUGUCUGUAUCACAGCAAUCCGGAAGCUCGCAAGGUCCAGUGGUUGCGAGGUGAUGAAGUGCUUCACCCCAGUGCCAAACACGGUAUCAACGAAGAUCGCCACAAUCACCACCAGCGUACCCGACUUACGGUGAGGAACGUCGAACAGAAGGAUCUGGUUGCUUAUCUGUGUAAAGUCGAGAAUGCGCUGGGAGAAGCAUCGGCGAAGACGAUUCUCGGUUUGCUGCCCGGAGCUGCUCAUCUGAUUCAUUCCAAUUACUCCAACGGCCUGUUGCACACUGUGUGGAGGGUGCGAAGUGCCCAACCGCUAUCCGACCUGCAGAUCCUGUACAAGGGCGAAAAUACGAAAUACUUGACGAUCGAUGCCACAAUAUCGGAACAAAACAAGGAAGAAUCCGGUGAUGUUUGGAACAUCAAACGCUCGAUCCGGCUGCCGGAAGGCGAAUGGUUCAUCACUGCUCGGGCCAAGAACACCGAGGGUUGGUCCUACACGGAAACCACUCCGAUGCAGUUCGUAAUCCCCAGCGAGGUCUCGCUGGAAACGCAGGGUCUCAGCGAGAGUGGCUCCAGUCCGGUCCAGUCGCUCAGUUUAGGGUUCUGCUUGCUACUGGUCGCCCUGCUCUGCAGGUUGUUCUAGGUCGGAAUCGUGCGUCGUAGUGUAACUAUUUAAAUAGUUUUAUGUGAAAAAAAACGAAAUCUGGUCGCUUUACCCUCCCAUCCCUAUUUGAUUGGAAUUUGUAUACAUGUUUGGAAUGAUUGUGCCUCAUCCGGGGCAUCGGUUGUCGACCAAAGAGAGGGACAAAAGAUAGAUCUGCUGAAUCGGUCGAAUUCGGCGAUGAAUGCUUCGCCGCCGCGUUGCUACCUGUGUAUAGUUUUAAAUUUUCACAAAGUGGGUUGUUGCAUUCUCACAAUACUUUUUCUGUUAUAAUUUAUAGAGUAUACACGAUGCGUCGCCGUUGUUUGUUGCCAUAGCUUCGUUGACAUUUCUCUGACAAACACAUGAUUAGGGUUCAAAAGCCAAAUGUCAAAACUCAGAAAUUCUGGAGAAACCGUUUUUACCCAAGCACGGUGCAUAGCGAAACUUUUUCCUUUAUUUGCUAUAAAUGCUUGGCGAUUGACGGUCCGGAAUUUUCCCCCACAGUAAAUUUUGACAGUUGGCUUUUGAGCCCUAAUCAUAUGUUUGUCGAGAUUUGAACUCACUGUUGUCCGCAGAAUAGAAAUUCCCCGUGAAUUUUUUUUCUCGUGUUUUAUUGAAAGUCGCCUAAUUUCUGUGAAUUUUUAAACUGGUGAACUUACUUUUCAACUCUCAAUGAUUUCUAGCCUUUCAUGAAUAAAAAUUCAAUUAGUCGCUUGUUCGCCAUGGCGAGCCGAACGUCAAUACCUUUUUUCAAGAUCCUUAAAAUUUGUUGCAAUUAAAAAAAGAACAAUAGGACCUAGGUCAGUCUAUAGCCACUUUUCAACUUUCGUACUUUCUUGAUUAUUUCAUCUAUAGUCCUGUAAAUUCUAGGUUCUAACCGAUAGUGCAAAUGAAACUAGUAUAUAGAAAAAGAAUUUUUACAAGAAAGGUCUAAUGCACAACAAAUACUCUGGACAAAGUCUUUCUAUAACAAGGAGUUGUUAGUGGUGGUGAAUACUUACGCUUGGUAUAACGUAAUCAUUCCCAUAUGUUAAAGGAUCUUAUAUUGCUAAUCAUUGUGUAAUCUACACAGUUGAAAUAAAUGGUUCUUUUAAUUUAAAUUUAGGUACUUUUGAGUUUGAUGUCUCAAUUGCACUUAUUAAUGUUUUCGAAAACUAAACGAGAGUUUCGUCUCCAUCAAACUAUUCCGAUCAAUAAGGUGCUAUUGAGUUAUUGUAGCUAUACUCAAAAUUAGAUAAAAUUUACUUAAAUGCGACUAUACUUAACCCAAAGUUGAGUAUAAAAACCUGUUUAGACGUGGAUCAAUGAUGGAAGCUACCUUCAACGCGAUUUACCUAAAUUUAUCUUAUUCAAAGAUACCCUAAAGUUAAGUCAAAAGAACUUGGGUAAUUUUUCCUAUGCGUGCAAUUCAUGGCGUUGUUGUUAUACAGGAAACACUCGAGCGCAAACGAAUCCAUAAUAAACGUAAAAACGAUUUUUACUCGCAUUGUGUGGUGCAUUGCUGUUAAGUCACCAUGUAGAUUUUAGAAAAGAUUGGCAACUAUUAGACCUGAAAACAACGCAAUUUUCGUUUCGACACAUUAAAGAACCUUCUUAUGAGGACUUUGUACUCUCUGAACAUAUUACACGCUCGUUCAAAAUUCGUAUUAUGAACUCCAUUUUAGGGUACUUUUGAAUGAGCAUGUAGGUUCAAUAUUUUGUAAUAAUUCGCGCAAAUAACAUAGCGACAUAGGAAAUUUUGAUCAAAUCAAAUAUUACAGAAGCUAUGGCAAUUGGGUACUUGUGUUAAUGUAUAGACUAAAUGCUCUACAAAAUUAUUCACAGUAACUACAAUCACAGAUGUAGCCACGAAUAAGCAAGCAAGUAAAACAAACAAUAACAUAUUAUAGAUACAAAAUAGUCAUCCUUUUGAAGCUAUAGUCAGUACUGCAUUAGUUAGGCGUAAAGGAAAUCCAGAAAACUGACGACUCAUAUUUCUAAAUCAUGUAAGUAAAUCGAAAGGAAUUCGAAGAUUUCAGUGUUUUCAUAACUGUGAGAAGCACUCUCGGUGUGACAUAUAAAAUAGGCUUUUUACGGUGCCGGUGGUUCAGCGGCAAGCGUGUCUGCUUCUAUUCCUGUGCGUUUGCGUUUAAUCGAACAUUAAAUACGCUGAAUCCUUCUGGAGAAGACUCACCAUCUCUAUCGUUUGUUUACCAUUUCACUGUCAAUGGCAUUCUAAUCGACCACGAGACUUGUCAAAAGUAGAGCACUCUAGUUAGAGUGUGGCCACGAGGAAGAAGAAGACACAUGACGUAUCCAAACGAGCAUGAAAUUUGACGUAUUUCUAUUGUUAAGAUGUCAAAUUUCAUACUCGUUUGGAUACGUCAUGUGUCUUCUUCCUCAUGGCCACACUCUAACUAGAGUGCUCUAGUUAAAAGCGGCCAUUACAUGUUCAAUAUUCUUGUCAAUACUAGAGAGUAUUGGCAAAAGUAUUGCAUGUGUGAUGACAGUAUUGACCUAUUGACGAUGUGAAUUUCAAAUGGUAUUGACAUAUUGAAGCAAUAUCACACAGUAUUGUAUUGACAAAAAUAUUGCACGUGUAAGGGCAGCUAAAAGCAGGAAGAAAAUCGCUUCGAAUCCUUCUUGAACGAGGGCCAUUGACAGAUCUGGGGUUCGAUUGGAAUGACACUGACAGUUAAAGGGUAAACAAACGAUAUCCAGAAGAUUUAUGAAGAUGAAUAUCCAGAGAUUUAGCGUCGUUAUCCAACAUGAUAACCAUGUCGCCUUAAAAACAAUGGCCUGAAAACCGUGGAAAAUUAGAUAGUUCAUGUCGGCAACCAUAAACGAUGCUUCUGGACGCCACGUCAAAAACUGACCUGCUGAGCAGUUUUAACCCUUUAGAGAUCUAAAUUUAGUAUCAUUAUCAGCUCGAUUCAUACAAUACAUUGCCAUACACUUCUAACCGUCAAAGUAAACUUCACUUUUUUGACUGUUUACAUGGGAUUAGAGUUUUUGUCGAUUGUUUGUUUUUGUCGGUUAGCUCGAAGCAAAUGCAAGCCCACGCAAACAGCACUAACGGUUAUCCAAGGAUGUACACAAGAGUUUAUUUGCAGCGUCACGUGCUCCACGAGCCUCUUAUCUCAAAAGGAUGACUAAAGCGAAGCAUCGAUAGCGAAGGCGACGUCUGGGAAAUAUGUUAUAAAAAUCAGUCUGACUACAGGAACAUGCCUUGUAAAUCGUCACCGAAAACACACUUAAAACUCGUUAGUAUAAAUGUUACCAAUGAUCCGAUUUUAAAUCGCUUAAAUACUACAACUAGUGCUGGUCUUAUGAACCAAUUUCUGUACGAAUACACCAAGUUUUUUUUCGAAAUGUUUAUAAUUUGAUAUUACUUGCUACUUUGGUCUUCAGAAAUUCAGGUUUGAGCUUUAGGGCUGUUAAUUCUCUACGCAAACCUAGAAAAGUGUCCCUAACUACAACAUCAAUACCACUAUUCCAAUUAACUUCUGAGUUUUGCCCUUUUCUAUCCGAAAUCUUAAGCAUAAUGUGAAUUGAUCCGUGCUUUCUUAUUCCGUUUGGGAACCUGGAAUUUGACCUAUACAAAAUAAUAAGUAGUAAUCUCAGUUAUCCUUUAAUUCAACUAACCGUACUACUAUUAUAUAUAAGCUCCUUUUAAAUGAUUUCAGUGUAAACAAUCUGAAUAUUACUACUGAAUUUUGUCCUCUAUUAAUUCAAACGUUGCAAAUCAAGGUGGUUUUCGCUUGGGAUGCAUCAAGCCAAACUACUGUCAGUUUCAACUAACAACUGACUACUCAGGUUCCAAUUCACAAAAAAAGAAAUCAAUUUCUUCUUCAAAUUGUGGGAAAACAAUUUUUGUUAGGAUGCAACGAAAGUUUCCGCCAAAAAGUUAAUAUGUAUGACAGGCCGUCUUAUUGUUUGACAACACUUCCAUGAGUGCUUCCUUCACUGGGCGAGAAAGCACACAGAAAGAUGAAAAAAUACCCAAAGAAUAGGGUAUUUUAACUUAAAUUCAGUUCUGCAUCUCAUUUCUAGAAAUUUUAUGCAACACGUCAUAUCCAACGAUGAGACUCUCUUUGUUUACAUUCUCUUUCGAUUUUUACGUCACUAUAGCACUUUUUACUAAUUUUACGGUACAGAUCGAAAGACGGUGGAUUUGACCAGCAAACAGUUAUAUGGUCGGUGUUAAGUCAGAUCGGACUAAGUCGCAAAACAUCGAAAAAUGAGAUAAUGAUAGUACUGGAUAAAGAAUUUCGUCAGCUACAUUAAACUUUUGCCAGAUUUUAAAUAUGCAACAAUAAACAGGAAUUAUGGCAAAAAUAAUUUGCCAAUUAUAAUAUAAAGGAUGCUGCGAUUCAAACUUUAAACUCGCUUUUCUCGAAAUCAAUAUUUUGUCACUUAGUCCGGUCUGACUUAACGCCGACCAUAUAAACAAAUGUUGAAGCUACUGAAUUAUUAACAGAAGGGGUAAACAAAAAGUCUCUUCUUGUUAAAUAAGUUUGUUUGAAAAAACAAAAAAACCUCGAGAUUUGCACUUUUUAGUGUUGUCUAAAACGAAACGAGACAUUCAACUUUAAUUACUAAUAGCCAUAACACUGUCAGUAUCGGUUGUAUAGGUGAUGUACGAGUAUCGUAAGAGACAUCAGAGAGCAGUGGACAUGUAGAAUCGGUUACAAACUCCUGAAUAUAAAUCAGUGCUCCCAAACCUGAUCCAGAACCUUUCACGUAUGUACAAAUAACAUUAAAGUUCGACAUAGUCUGACCAAAAGGAAUCCCGACGUGAGUAUCUGAAACUAUUUUCUCCACUGGGUUCUUGCGUUGACAUUUUACAAUUUACGCCGAAUUGAGAGUAACACCCCAUAAGCGUUAUAUGUAAACUGAACAACUAUUGACUAAAUAAGGGAUGUAUACAUAUUGCGAUAAAGACGAUUACUGCCGCCAUUGCGAUGUAUUAAAAGCAGUAACUGGACACACUGUGCGCUAACUGCUAAUACGUUUAAUAGAGUUAUUUUCAUUUAUUGGUUCAUAAGAACAGCUAUAGUAUCUGCUCUAGGAAAUUUAAAACCCAGCCGAGUAAAACAAAUUAAAAAAACAAAUUCCAUCUCUGCAUUAUGAUUUCGUUUAAGUUUACUGUUUAUAUUGGUUUUCCUAAAUUUUUGCUGUCGGUUUCAAAACCAAGUAAAAGAAAAGGCAGCUUUGAAAUUCUUUGUUUAAUACCUUAAUUGUACAUUUUGAAGAAUGCUAAGUUGUAUUGAUAUAGUUUAUAAAACAAUUUCCAACUUUGUGUAAAAUAAUGAGAAAAAAACAAUCUAUAAUAUUAUAUAACACUAUAGAACUCGUAAUAAAUAUUAGUGUUAUUAAACAAUCAAUAGAUACUACUUAAAAGUGUAAGAUCUUCAAGAAGCGGGAGAUAAAACUACGGAUAAAGCGAUACGCUAGCAAAACAAUAUUAUUUUAUGUUAGAACAGGUAGCCUUAAAUUGUAUAGAAAUCAGGAAAGCAACAAACCCGCAAUAGAUAACCAAAAGAAAAACAAAACAGUUACAUAGUCCAGCAAAAAAUGUGUAAGCCAUAGUAUAUUUAUAUAGAACACUAACCAACUCUCUUAAUCUGUAAUUCAAUCAACCGAAAUUUACCAAAAAAAAAUUAUGAUGCACAGAUAGUACGUAUUGUUAUGAUUCAUGAAGGAUAACUGCGAUAACGCUGCGGAACAUAAUCAAAAAAUUUCGAUUACUAGAAUUCAAUGAGUCCUUACCGAGAAGUGUCGAUGGAAAGGUUGAAUAAAAUCGUUAGAAUCAGUCGGAUAAUUUCUGUAGGAGUGAAAAUACAAAUAAAGAUAUAAGAAAAGCGAAAUUUAAA